AUGGGUUUUAUAGUGGUCAGCCCCGCUGAAGCUCUUUCAAAAGUGACAGCCCCAACAAUGGGGUUCAACAAAGUUCUCCACUUGAGCUUCAUUCAGGGCGAGCUCCGGGCUUCUUCAUUGGGUAUAAACGUCCGGCGUAUAAACCGAAUUUGCGGAGUUAAUCUGUACUUUGAGGAUUCGAACUUCGCAAGAGUUUUGCGAACGUGUGCUCGGCCAGGAGGUUUGCUCGUACCAGACCGAAAUGUAAGACCUGAAUGUAGGAACUCCGCUCCGGGAAAAAUCCAAACACUGGGAAGUGGAAAAGAUCCCGACAGCUUUGUGGGACCCCGCCGGGUUCUCAAUCUUUUGUUUAGGUCUGCUGAAGAUGUUUUCUCCCACUGCAAGGCAGAGCAUCAGUUCAACAUCUGUGAUGUGAUCAAGAAGUAUGGACUUGAGUUUUAUGGAUACAUUAAGCUAAUAAACUUUGUUAGGCUAAAGAAACCAACAGCAGCAUAUUUCAGUUCACUCAGCUGCCCACUGCCUUGGGAAGGAGAGGAAUAUUUGAAACCAGAGCAAAAAGAUGACCUUCUGCUUCAGUUUGACAUUGAAGACCUUUGUGAACCUGCAGACGUUUUGCCCUCUAAUGGUUUAAAUGAUACUAUGAUACUUCUUGAACAAUUAAAACGGGCAGAACACAGAGCAAGACUUGCAGAAGCAGCCUUGGCUAGAGCACAAGAUGAUCUUCAAAAAAUGAAACAAUUUGCACAGGAUUUUGUGAUGAACGCAGAUGUCAGGAGCAACUCGUCAUCCAGCGCCAUUGCAGACCUGCAGGAGGAGGAGGAUGGUGUUUACUUCAGCUCCUAUGGGCAUUAUGGGAUACACGAAGAGAUGCUAAAGGAUAAAGUGCGUACACAAAGCUAUCGUGACUUCAUCUAUCAAAACCCACAUAUCUUUGAGGACAAGGUAGUUUUGGAUGUUGGCUGUGGAACUGGAAUACUGUCCAUGUUUGCUGCCAAAGCAGGUGCGAAGAAGGUGAUUGGAGUUGACCAGUCUGAAAUUGUCUUUCAGGCCAUGGACAUCAUUCGAUUAAAUAAACUUGAAAAUGUCAUUACAUUAGUCAAAGGAAGAAUUGAAGAAGUAGAUCUGCCUUUGGAAAAAGUGGAUGUAAUUAUAUCUGAAUGGAUGGUAAGGUGCAUCAGUAUUUUCAAGACAUAG